AUGGUUCGAAGCUUGGGCAGGCUUGGCGUGCUCGCUUUGGCUGGGAUCGCCAGCCUUAGCUGGGCUUCUACUGCGGCGGGUGAUUCGGGAGCCGGCGUGCAGAAUGUUGCCAUUAUCGGAGCCGGAGCAGCUGGAUCAUCAGCUGCAUACCAUUUGCGACAGUUUGCUGAUGAGGAGGGUGUCUCGAUCAACAUUACGAUUUUUGAGAGCAACAAACGCGCUGGAGGACGAUCGCUCACUGUGGAUGCAUUUGAUGACCCUCUGCAGCCUGUUGAGCUCGGAGCAUCCAUCUUUAUCCGUGCCAAUGCUAUUCUGUAUGAUGCCGUCUCCGAGUUCGGCCUCAAUGUCAUUGGCACUAGAGAUGUCGAGGGCAAUCUGGUGGUCUGGGAUGGAGAAUCGUUUCGCUUUGAGCAGAGUGAUAACUCGUGGUGGAGCUUUGUGAAGCUCUUCUGGAAGUACGGCCUGGCACCGUACAAAACGAAGAAGCUCGUCGACUCGACGGUUGCGCGAUUCCUCAAAAUUUACGAUGCACCGCACUUCCCAUUCAAGUCGCUCACACAGGCCGCCAUCGACCUUGACUUGGUCAAGUUGACCGGCGUGACUGGAGAUCAAUUCUAUGAGGACAGUGGUAUCGCCUCGUUAUUUGCUCAAGAUAUCAUCCAGGCCGCUACGAGGGUCAACUACGCUACCAACCUGGCCCACAUUCACGGUCUUGAGGCUGCAGUCUCGAUGGCUCCUGAGGGCGCUAUGCAGGUUUGGGGAGGAAACUGGCUGAUCUUUGCUAACAUGGUUAAAGCCAGCUCCGCAGGUUUUCUGCCGAAAGUGACUGUCACGUCGCUGCAACGAGAAAAGUCGGCGACUACUGGUGACGGCGCCUCGAAGUUCAUCAUCUCGACGAAGAAGACGAGGUCCUCACGCCCCGGUGAGGCAUACCCUAUCACGUUCGACAAGAUCGUGGUCGCAGCGCCCUGGCAGUAUGCCGGUAUCGAAGCUCCCGAGGAUCUAAUUCAACCUGCCAUCGAUGAAAUCCCUUACGUCCAACUCCACGUCACUCUUUUUACGUCGCCCCUGAAACUCUCUCCCGGCUUCUUUAACCUUACGCCCGAAUCCAAAGCACCUGUAACCGUGCUGACUACACUGCACGCUGACGACAAGGCUGAACCUGGUUCCGGAGCUGCUGGCAAGGCUGGAGUCUUUUCAAUCAGCACUCUUCAGAUAGUCUUGAAUCCCAAGACGGACCAGGAGGAAUACUUGUACAAGAUCUUCUCGCCCAAAGUCUUGGACGUUUCGUUUCUUUCAAGGCUCCUGGGUGUUGAUAUUCCCGACACCUUUACGGGAGCGGUCAACGCGGACAACUUUGAACCUAUUUCGUGGUAUUACCCCCACGUCUUCAACUCUUAUCCCAUCGAAUUCCCUCGCGUAACAUUCCAGGACCCUGUUCUGGGUGGUGGUCUAUACUAUACGUCUGGUAUCGAGAGCUUCAUCUCUACCAUGGAAACAAGUGCGCUGAUGGGCAAGAAUGUUGCCAAGCUUAUUGUGGAUGAGCUAGCGGCGCCCAAAGCCCCGCAAGAGGCGAAGCACACGACGACAGAACCGGGAUCGCCACGAUUCGACGCUGCACCCAAGGCAGAUGAGCUCUGA